CGGUAAAUUUUUCAAGACAUUCUUCAACAAAUCUUAUCAUAAAAUGCAGAUUUAAUUCAUAAUGUUUAAAACUUCAUCAAAAUGGGAACCUGGUGUAUUAAAUUUCUGUUUUUAAUUUUAUUUAUAUAUAAUUUACCAAUUACCUAUGGAUACAAAAAAGAUGAAAUCCGUAUUGCUGGAUUGUUUGACCAAAUGUCUGAAGAUCAGAACAAGGUAUUUCAAUUAGCUGCUGAAGCGAUUAAUGAGCAGCGAGCUGGCGCUUCAAUAAGAGAUGAUGAAGAACCUUCGGCAUUAUUACCAUGGCAUGAACUAGUUGCGGAUUCUACAGUUGUGGCUGAUGAUCAGUUUAUGAUUUCUCGUACAGUUUGUGAAUUAUUGGAGAAAGGUAUUGUUGGUUUAUUUGGACCAACUGCUGGCCAAUCAUCUGGCUAUGUACAAUCUAUGUGCGAUUUAAUGGAAAUACCACAUAUAGAAACACGUCGUGAUCAUUUACCGAAUCGUGGUACAUGCAUGCUAAAUUUACAUCCAUAUCCGCCAACAUUAGCUCGUGUCUAUUCCGAUUUGGUUCGUGCAAUGAAAUGGACAUCGUUUACAAUUUUAUAUGACACGGAUGAUAGUUUACCACGGAUUAAUGAAUUAUUAAAAUUAUAUGAUCCGAAAGGUUUUAGUGUUAUUGUACGAAAAUUAGACAUUUAUAAUGGUGAUGGAAACUUUAGACCUAUUUUAAAAGAAGCCAAGGACAAUGGUGAGCGUUAUUUUAUCGUGGAAAGUACAGGAUAUGAUCUAUACACAAUAUUAACACAAGCACUACAAGUUGGAAUAUUAACAGACCAUUAUCAUUACAUUAUAACAACUUUGGAUAUCCAUACCAUCGAUUUAGAACCAUUUCAAUAUGGUGGUGCAAAUAUUACUGGAGUAAGAAUGAUUGAUCCAGAUGACGCAGAUGUUGAACAAGCUACAAUGUUAUGGCGUGAAUUUGAACAAGAGCGCGGUGAGACACUAAGAGAAUCAUUGGAAAAAGAGAAAUUAACAGUGGAUACAGCAUUAAUGUAUGAUGCUGUAUUUAUAUUUGCUGAGGCUUUACAUCAACUGAAUCAAUCGAAUAGCGUAAGAGCAAGACCAUUAGAUUGUGAUGAAUUUGAUAAUUGGGAGCAUGGAUAUAGUUUAAUUAAUUUUAUGAGAAUGGUGAACUGGAAAGGCCUUACUGGUAUUCUCAAAUUUGAUCACCAAGGAUUUCGUAACGACUUUAUGUUACAACUUGUAGAAUUGACAUCCGAAGGACUACAAAAAAUUGGUACAUGGAAUUCAACAGAAGGGUUAAACAUCACUCGCACACAAGUGCCUUUUUAUGAAGUCAAACAAGAAACAAAUUUUAAAAACAAAACUUUCCUUGUAUUAACAGCGCUGACUAAACCCUAUGGAAUGUUAAAAGAUUCAGCAGAUAAAUUAACUGGAAACGAUCGAUAUGAAGGUUUUGGAAUUGAUGUAAUUCAUGAAUUAUCUUUAUUAUUAGGAUUUAAUUACACAUUCGCUAUACAAGAAGACAGUAAUUAUGGAUCGAUAAAUGAAAAGACUGGUGAAUGGGAAGGAAUGUUAAGAGAAGUUAUGGACGGGCGAGCUGAUUUAGCUAUUACCGACUUAACAAUCACAUCGCAGCGAGAAUCAGUUGUGGAUUUUACUAUGCCUUUCAUGAAUUUAGGCAUUAGUAUAUUAUAUAAAAAAUCAUCUAAAAUGCCACCAGAACUUUUCUCUUUCAUGGAUCCAUUUUCAAAGGAAUUAUGGUAUUAUAUGGGUGCAGCAUACUUCAGUGUAUCGUUUUUGAUAUUCUUGAUGGGACGAUUGAGUCCGUAUGAAUGGAUGAAUCCUUAUCCUUGUGUAGAAGAACCUGAAGUACUGUCAAAUCAAUUUAGUUUGACGAAUUCAUUUUGGUUUACUAUUGGUAGUUUAUUACAACAAGGGUCAGAAAUUGCACCAGCAGCAACGUCUACGCGUAUAGCAGCUGGAACAUGGUGGUUUUUCACAUUAAUUAUGGUGUCGUCUUAUACAGCUAAUUUAGCUGCAUGUCUGACAGUUGAACGCAUGUUUGAACCCAUUAAAAGUGCAGAAGACCUUGCUGCACAAACAGAGAUACAAUAUGGCUCUAAAUCAAAAGGUUCCACCAAAGACUUUUUUAAGGAGGCCACAUAUCCCCCAUAUAAAAAAAUGUUUGAAUAUAUGCAGAACACACCAGGUGUAUUGUUCGACACCAAUGAGAAGGGUAUUACACGAGCAAAGACCUCAAAUUAUGCGUUUUUGAUGGAAUCCACUUCAAUUGAGUACAUUACACAGAGAGACUGUACACUGCAACAGGUUGGUGGUUUACUAGAUGAUAAAGGAUAUGGGAUUGCGAUGCGUAAAAAUUCAACAUAUCGAAAUGAUUUAAGUACAGCAGUUUUAAAACUUCAAGAAGCUGGCAAAUUACAAAAACUGAAAGAUAAAUGGUGGAAAGAAAAACGUGGUGGCGGUGCUUGUGACGAUACGGGGGCAGCAACUGCAGCAGCUGAAUUAGGUUUGCCAAAUGUUGGUGGUGUAUUUAUUGUAUUGGUCACGGGCAUACUUUGUUCAACCGUAACAGCCUUUUUGGAAAUGUCGUUCGGUGCUGUGAGCCGUAGCUUUAAAUAUAAAAUUCCAUUGCGUGAAGAGUUAAUUAAUGAAUUGAAAUUCUUAAUACGAUGUUCGGGUUUAACGAAACCACUUAGGACAUCUAGUGAAGAAGACAAUGUAGACGGUGACGCUGGUAGUCGAAAAUCGGACGAUGAAAAAAAUGGUUUUGAUGAUUUAGCAAAUGAUUUAUAUAAUUAUGCACCAGAUAUUACUAAAAGUAAUGAAAUCAAGCAUUCUAUUUGAGUAUAAGGUUUUGUAAUUUAAAUGUUAUUUAAUAAUAAAGACAAGUUUUAAACCAAA